CAUGGACAAACUAUUUACAUGUCAUUCAUGUCAAGUGUCCGUCUGGUCCUCCGGGUCUGCUCACACGAACACAACUAUCUGACCCCUUCACCGCCCGUCAUGGCACUUGCCAUGCCCGGGUGACCACUGGCGGCAGCCUGUCCUUCACUGCUCUCAUCACCCGUUUCAACACUCUUAUCGAUUGGCAUCUUGAGCCCCACACUCGCCGCCACCUUCUUGAUCUUCUCAAUGUCCUCCGCACUCUCGCCUAUCUCGUACUUGUCCAUCAGACUCGCCACAGCAUUGAUGCUGUCACGGUACUCCACAAACCCCGUCAGCAGCUCGGGCCGCUCGUGCGCAAUCCGUGUGCCCCAAUCAUGCCACAUGGGGUUGUCCCUCUUGUGGCACACGUCACGCUCGACGACCGUGAAGAAGUCGCGCAGCUUGGACGCGGGAGAUGAGCCAUUGAGCUGAUGCUGCUUGGGCGCCGCCUUGGAUCUGGCAGGAUUUGAGGAUGACGGAGACUGGCUGGCGCAGCAGCGGCGAACAGACCGACGCAGCAUCGUCCUCGUCGUCCUUCUGCUCAGCGGUUUCAGGCCCCUUACACUGCGAGC